AUGUCUUCUCGGACUAACAUAAAUCUUUUAACGGCCUUUGCAAACAAGGGACGAACAUCUCCUCGGCUGAGCCUAGUCAAUAUCCCGGCCCUAAAUUACCUCCUGAGGUCCGAGAUCUUCGUUAGCGAGGACGGACAACUACAGUCGGCUCCUUUGAUUUUGGAUUACACUCCACUCACUCGAGCCCAGGUAGAAGCCGGACAAGCUAUAAGGGCCGGUAGUCCGAGAUUAGCACGGAUUGACGUUUCCAUACCAGGGUUCCUCGCUGAUACAGACUUGCCUCCUAUUCAGUUACCUCCCCAACGUGUCUUUCCCCCAGUAGUUAUCCCAGAGGAGGAGGCCGGCUCUUCACAUUCAUCCUUAGAGGAUCAGAUAGACCAGUUCCAAUUUACUGAGGAAGGGGAGGCUUCGGUCAGAGUAGUAGAGAUCUCCGACUCUGACGCUGAUUUAGACCGUGCCUCAGCGGCUCCUGGUUUGGUCAUCGCACAACCUGAUAUCAGCGAGGACACAGAAGAAGAAGAAGGAAUGGACCUCCAGCCGAGGACUGGCCUCAGGGGUCUUCUAUCCAACAGGUCCAAAGGGCAGACCUCCAAGGAAGUCUCGAAGGGACAGAUCGUUCCCAAAGCCCCCGCUCCUCCUCCCCCUCCCUCGUCGGGUGCGGCGCUGAAGCCUAUGCCUAACCUAAGGCGAAAAAGGCCUGUAGAAGAGACGGAGGAGGGAGAGGUUGCCCAUGAGAAAGCCGGGCCUAAAAAGAAGGGCAAGGAAACGAAAGAGCCCCGAGAGAAAAGGACCAGGUCCACUGAGAGCCGAGAUGAGGCGGCCACUCUAAGGGGACCACGAACAUGGUCUCCUCGGAUCGAGCUAGAUGGCGUUCCAAUCCUCUGGGAUGCGACCCUAUGGGAGUCCCAGCGAGAGCAGGCUUCGUUCAUGGUCGAGGCGCUGCAGCAGCCUCUUCUCUUGCCCCGUGAUAUGGAAGGCCUUAGGAAGAUUCGUCAGCCAGAACUUUUCAUGUCACUGAAAAGGGACAUGGCUGUGGUCACCCAACAAAUUUAUGUUGCUAAGGAGUGGGCCAAGAAGGCCCGUGAGGAUAUGCAUAGGGAGGCUCAGUCCCGUGCUGCGGCUGAGAGGGCCGCUGGCGAUCUCAAACGAGAUCUUGAUCGUCAGGAUAAUGAGCUAAAAGAGGUGAAGAAGGCCAAUGCGAGCGCAAAGGCUGGCCUGAAGAAUGCUGAAAAGCAAGCCGACGAGUUGCGCAAGCAGCUCCGUCACUCUGAGGAAAGACUGUCAGCGGAGCAACAGGCGGUUUCGGAGCUUAAGGCUGAGCUUGCAAGGACCAAGGAGGAAGCUCGCUUGUCCAGGGAGGUUGCAGAGAAGGCUGUGGCGGCUUCGUAUGAACGUGGAGUUCACGAUACUGAGGAGAGACUGGCCGAGGAAGUUGCCACCGUCUGCAGGGAAUACGUCACCUCGACCUGGGGAUUGGCCAUGGAUCGGGUAGCCGUCCCCGCAGAUUCUGAUCUCAAGAAAGCUGAGAACAUCUUUUUCCCUGCGGAAAUACGUGAGAUUCCUGGCGAGGUCGCCUCCACUGAGCCUCUUCUAGCAGAUUCCUCCAUUCUCGAGACUGGGGGCACGGAGAAAGCUACGUAG